AUGGCCAUGCCAUGGAGGCUGGUCUUUCACAUGGCAGAAGUGGUUUGGAUGGUGCUCCAAGGUUGGCUGUCGUCUUGUCUCAUGGUGGCCGACGAGAUUGCCCGCGCCCUCCGCAGCGGCGACAUCGGCCCAUUCCCCGUCGGAUAA